UAACUUAAAAAUGCGUUUGAAAUAUUCAAAAAUGUUAAUGGAAGCACAAGAGGGCGACAGUCCUAUCGCCGACAUCUGCUGGUCGGCGAACAACGUGAAGCUGGCGGUGGCGACGUGCGAGCGGCAGGUGCUGCUGUUCGACCGCGAUGGAGUGCGACGAGACAAGUUCAGCACCAAGCCCGCUGACCCUGCCGCUGGGAAGAAGUCUUACGUUAUUACAAGUUUAGCGUUCAGCGACAACUCCGAGCUGCUAGGCGUAGCCCAGAGCGACAACAUGGUGUUCGUGUACCGCGUGGGCGCGGACUGGUCCGGCAAGAAGGUGAUCUGCAACAAGUUCCCCCUGACCGGCGCGCCCGUGCGGCUGCUGCCGGCCGAGCAGGGCUUCUAUACCGGCACCAGCGAUGGCAAGAUCAGGUCCCUCGACUGCAAGAGCAACAAGAGCUCGAGCCUGUGGUCGGGCGGCGCGUGCUGCGUGUCCCUAGCACGCGGCGACGGCACGCUCGCCUCAGGCCACGUGGAUGGGACGCUGUUCGUCAACGGACGGCUGCUGCUGCGGUACGCUCUGCCGCCCUGCGCUCUUGUUAUGCUGCCUCCUUAUUUGAUAGUGGGAGGCUGUGACGGGCGCGUGGCGGUAUACGCGGCGUCUGGCGGCGCGCUGCUGCGGAGCGUGGAGCCGGCGCUUCCGCCGCACGCGAGGGAUCUUACGGUCGCCGCGCCCAGCCCCUCUGGACAGACGAUAGCAGUAGGCACGUUCGACGGUUUCCUCGUGGGCGACAUGAAGGAGUCUGUCGGACUCGAGCUGACGUUUCUGCCCAUACCUCACCUGUAUGCGACGCGCGCCCUGGCCUGGAGCGGAGACGGCACCAAGUUGGCUGUCGCGUCGCAAACCGGCGCUGUUAUACUACUUGAAGCUGUACUCAGACGCUGGGUGUGGCGAGACUCUGUGGAGGUUCAACACGUGAGCCCGAAGCAGCUGGUGCUGACGCGGCUGGCCAAUGACGCCCCGCCCAUGACCGUCACCACCAAACACGCGUCCGACAUAUUUCAUGUUCGCUUUAUAGGUAACGAUUGGUACGCUGUUUGCCGUACAGCCAGCACUUUCAUACUCUGCGAUAUAGCGCGAGGCUUGACAAGCGAGAUUCCAUGGUCAGGCAGUGGGGAACGGAUAUACGCAGCGGUCGGCGGAGCGUGCCUGCUGCAUCGCGCGGGCGAAUUGAGCGUCGUCGAAUACGGACUCGACAAAGUAUUGCAUACUGUGCGAACUGAGCGCGUUAACCCGCACGUGCUUAGCGUGCGAAUAAAUGAGGGGAACGACAAGGAACAAGGCGAUAGGAAGCAUCUGGCGUAUCUAUUGGACAGGCAGACUAUUGCCGUGGUGGAUCUGACUACAGGAGUUCAGCUGGGCCAGUGGUGGCACGAAGCGCGUGUUGAUUGGCUGGAGCUGAACGAAAGCGGACAACUGUUGCUAAUUCGAGACACGCGCCGGAGACUUAUCCUGUUGAGAUUGCAGUCUGGCGACAAGGAAAUCAUAGCAAGUGGAGUGGGAUUCGUGCAGUGGAUCGAAGAUAGCGAUGCCGUUGUUGCCCAGACGCCGACACAUCUUCUCAUUUGGUACAGUGCCUGGGACCCCGGCUGUGUGGAAAUGGCGGAGUGUGGUGGCGGCGUGGCCGUGGAAGUUAACGCUCGAAGGGUGCUGCUAGACGGUGGACAUGUGCCUUAUCUUCAACUGGACGAGCAUCGACUUGCUUUCAAUAACGCGUUGCGUAGUGGCGAUCUGUCUGGGUGCGCUCGCUACUUGGACGGUGUAGGCUACGCCGACCUGGCCCCGCUGUGGAGACAGCUGGCAGAGAGAGCGUUCGCCAACGAAGAUAUUCAGCUAGCAGCAAAAUGUUACCGGGAGAUUGGCGAUGAAGCUCGCGCGUACUAUCUCGAGGCAACUGUUCAGUUGGCGGCUAGAGAAGGUGAUGGCGAUGUAACUGCUGGUCUUCUCCAUGCCGUAGUUCGAGCGAAACUUGCUAUAUUUUCCGGAGAUUUAGCUUCCGCGGAAGAAUUCUACGUGAAGAAAGCCAAUCGGCCGGAAAUGGCGAUCAGCAUGUACAAGCAGUUCAAUAGGUGGGCCGAAGCUAUUGCCCUGGCUGAGAAGACCGAUCGGCUGGCGGUGACCACCUUGAAGCAGCAGCACAUGGAUUAUUUGACUUCUACCGGAAGGCUGGGUGAGGCAGGUGCCGAGUUAGCGGCAUCAGGCGACAUCCAAGGGGCAGUCCGCAUGUGGUUGAAGGGCGGCCGCGCUCGCAGGGCCGCGGGGCUGAUCCUUCAACAACCGGCCUUGUUGAGAGAUAACGAGUUGGUAGAUACCGUCCAUGCUCAGUUGAUUCAGGAGGAAUGGUGGGAGAUGGCGGGUGAAAUUUCUGAACGCCGCGGCGACAGUCUCACUGCAGUCGAGUAUUAUGCUAAGGGAAAUAACUUCGCGAGGGCAGUGCAAUUAGCCCGAGAGACUUGUCCAGGCGAAGUGACCCGAUUAGAAGGCGCUUGGGGAGCGUGGCUCGUGUCUUCUCGACAAGCUGGCGCUGCUGUGCCGCAUCUCAUAGAAGCCGGGGACACCAGAGGCGCCCUAGCGGCGGCUUUGAAGGCACACCACUAUAAAAAGGCUUUGCAAAUUGUACAGGUCAUAGAAGACAAGGAUCUAAUUCGAGAACAGUGUGAACAAUUAGCUGACCACUUCAUAUCUACUCAGGAAUGGCAGACAGCCGAGCGUCUCCUAACCUCCUGCGGUAUGGCCGAGAGAUGCGUCCGAGCAUACAACUCGGCCGGCCGGGUCGCGGACGGCCUGAAGCUAGCCGCGGCCCAGUUGUCGGAGGAAGAAACCAGGGACAUUUACAUACCGCUGGCUCGGCAGUUACGGAGUGAGGGGCAGUUUAGGAAGGCGGAGCAAAUUUAUAUCGGGCUUGGCGAACCGGAUGAGGCUAUAUCUAUGUAUAAGGAAGCCUCUCAAUACGAAUCCAUGCUGCGCUUAGUAGCGGCUCAUCGCAGUUCUUUACUGGAAGCGACUCGGCGCCAUGUCGCUCAGGCGCUGCACGCUUCUGGCGAUUUGCGGGCCGCUGAGAAUUAUUACAUACAGGCUGGUGACUGGAAGAGCGCAAUUCAAAUGUAUCGCUCAUGCGGUCAGUGGGAGGGCGCAGAGCGUGUGGCUCGCGCGCACGCGCCCAGCGGAGUGCAGCAGCAAGUGGCGCUGCAGUGGGCCGCGGCGCUGGGCGGGUCGGCUGGCGCUAGACUCUUGGCGGCCAGGGGACUGGCGGCGCUGGGAGCGAGAUGGGCGUUGCAGGCACAGAGAUGGGAUAUCGCGAUGGAGCUAAGCGAGCUAGGCGGAGGCGUAACGCGACGCGAAGUGGCUCGGCAUGAAGCGGCAGCGCUCGCGGAGGAGCGGCCCGAGGAGGCCGAGGCGGCUUUCUUGCGCGCCGGGGCCGCCGAGGACGCUGUUCGCAUGUGGCUCACGCGCGGCCAUCACCAGCGGGCGCUGGUUCUAGCGGAGCAACAUGCUACGCAUCUGGUCGAAGAAGUCCUGGUGCAAGGAGCGCGCGCCGCCGCGGAGCGUGGAGACCUGGCUCAGUUCGAGACUCUCAUGAUCCGGGCCAACAAACCCAGGGAAGUUGUUCAACAUUACAAAGAUCUCGAACUAUGGGAGGAGGCAACGCGAGUCUCACGGGAGUAUCUGCCGGACAGCGCGGAGCCGGUGCCUUCGGCCGUGCCUCCGUUGUUACAACGAGCUGCCGAACAUGCCGAUCGGGGGGAAUGGUGGGAGGCCGUCGAACUCCUCUGCGAGGCGAGCGCCAGUGGAGCGGCGGGCGGCGCCACCCGGCUGGCGGAGCGCGCGGCGCUGCGGGCGGCGCGCCUGGCGCGGGACCGGCUGCAGGGCGCGCGGCGCCGCGCCGCCGCAGACACGCUGGCCGCGAGAUUUGCUGCUAUCGGCCAACCCGAAGUUGGGGAACAACUGCGAGAAGCACUUACAGACGGUGCCACAGAUGAAGAGGACGCUCCAGUCGAGGAGACCGGCCCAGUGCUUCAAAUGUCAGAGCCGGACGCUGAGGCCGAGGCCUUGGAGCGCUUAGCGCGCGCUGGCAACUGGCAGCGCUGUUUGGCUCAUGCCGGCUCUAAGGCGCCUCAUUAUGCCUUGCGAUACGCCGCUCAUCUCUUCAAGGCGCAUUCUCGCAUAGAAGGUGUGGACAUCGAGAGCGAAGAAGCCCCCGAGGCACUAACUCAAGCCUUAGACACACUUCGUCAAUACAUUGGAGAUGGAACCGUCUCUAUUUCAGACAGUGACACCGCUGUAGCGAAGGCUGUGUCUAGCGAAGUACUAGUGCGGGUGUCAACUGCUCCUAAAUCUCUAACAGUCUUGAAGGAUGCUGCGACGGUUAUGUUAGCGGCGGGGGCUGACGAUAGGGCCAUGCAGGCGAUCACUCUGUUGAUGGCGCUCCAUGUGCCCCAGAUAGCUGCUAAAGCAGCGCGGGCUCUACCACGAUACUCCGAUAUUAUCGUCGCUGAUGUUGCUUUCUACGUGAGUGGAAUGGCAGUCCGCGCUGAAGGCAGCAACGGAGCUCGAGAGGCCUUCGUUUUGCUGAAUCGGAGCUUGGACCUAGCGGAGGCAGCCGAUGAUGACGCCGCACACUUGCUUGACUAUACAGAUUUUGAGUGCACGGAUUGGCCUACUUCGCCGCUCCUACUCGACAGCGCUUGCGUUCGCGGCGAAGCGCUCGAUGAGGCUCGUGAGUGGGUGCUCGCGGUUUCCAUGGAGCGGACGGUUGAACAGACGUUACCGGUGGACGGCCGCGAAGUGUACGGGUCGAGUGUAGGCGAAGAGGCUUGCUGUGUGCUCACGGGAUACCCUCUUGCUAGUAGAUUGGUCACAUUUACUAACGGUCGGUGCGCCAACCGAGAGUGGUGGUCGCGCCUGGUGGCGGCGGCGCGCGGCGGCGGCGCGGCGGCCGCGCUGCUGCAGCACGCCGCGCGCUGGUGCGGCCCGGCCGACUACUCGCAGAUAUAGGAAACGGCGGCAGCGAGGCGUUCCGAGGCGGCAUCUGGCCCGGGCCGAGCGGCACCGAGUCCUCGUCGUCGCCCAGCGCCUCGCAGGCCGCCGGCACGGCUGCCCACAUGCUGCCCUUGC